GACAGCUUCAACGAGAGUCCACAGUCCCUCACGCCAACCCCACUCGCCAUCUACAGACAUAUCCAGAGCAUAACGAGCAAGAAAGGCAGCUGAGCAUUUCCUGGGCUGCAACAUACCCGACAAUGGCAGCAAAGCAAUUGAAGCCUGUGGCGUUUGUCAACGCUGUAAUGAGGUCUUUCUGGAAGGAAUCUGGACUGGAGCCCAGGCUCCUUGGAAGCAACAACUUCCGUAUCAAGGAUGCCCAGAAGGGCAGGGUCGACUUUGAGCUAGACAUCAGCGAAGAUCAUAUCAACCGCAUGAAGGCCAUCCAUGGCGGUACGCUAGCCAGCAUGGUGGACCUGGGAGGUUCUCUAGCUGUGGCUUCCAUGGGGCUUUACUCCACCGGCGUGUCAACAGACUUGAACGUUACGUACUUGAGCAGUGGCGGUGUUGUUGGUGACAGGCUUACCGGAACUGCGACUUGCGACAAGAUUGGAAGAACGCUUGCCUACACGACGGUGGUUUUCCAAGACGCCAAGGGAGAACUGGCUGCCCGAGGAAGCCACACGAAAUUCGUUGCGAAGGCGUGGCCGACUACCCGGCCUCUAUUUGCGCUGCCCGAGGGCGUCCCUAGCCCCAAGGACACUGAUUGAACUUGAUGGCAAUAGGCAGGCACAGUGGGUAUAUAUAGAUCUAUAGACUUGGUGCUGUAUACAACAAAGAAAGGUCAUGUGCUCGUGUGCAUCAGAUAACCCCCAUGCUCCAACGAACGCCGCUCC